AUGGGUAUCUCUAAUCUACUCAAUUUAUCUGUUUCCACCGCAUCGGUUCCUUAUUUUCCUCUUUCAUUCUCUUUACAAAAAGCCCUAAUCUAUGAACCAAGAGUGAUUGAUGAAGAUGCACUACAACAGGCCCCAGCUGCUGCAUGUGAAGUUGUUGAUCCUGAUGGUCUACUGAACCAAUUAAGGUUUUUGAGGUCUAUGAAUGUUGAUGGAGUAAUGGUUGAUUGUUGGUGGGGUAUAGUUGAAGCACAUAUAAACGGUUAUUUCAAAUGGUGCGUGAGCUUAAGCUCAAGUUACAGGUUUGGUGAAUUCUCAGAUGUGGCAUUCAGAGUUGUUGCUGAUGAUUGUGUAACUUCAUAUAGUGGAACUGGAAUCGUGCACUGUGCUCCAGCAUUUGGUGAAGAUGAUUAUCGUGUUUGUUUGGAAAAUCAAAUCAUUCAUAAGGGAGAAAAUCUUGUUAUGGCAGUUGAUGAUGAUGGAUGCUUUACAGAAAGAGUUAUUGAUUUCAUUGGUCAAUAUGUCAAAGAGGCAGAUAAAGAUAUCAUUCAAGCAGUGAAGGCAAGAAUAGAUAAGAGCAAACUGGUCAAAUCUGGAAGCUUUACUCAUUCAUAUCCAUUUUGUUGGAGAUCCGAUACUCCUUUCAUCAACAGAGCAGUUCCAGCUGAUCAUGAAAAAGCAUGUACUAUACCUGAUAAAGAGAUUAAGGAACAUGAUGAGAAAGAAAAAGACACAUCAGAAGACACAGAACAAAGAGAACAUGAUCAAGAUGAUAAAUAUUGUGAUGUGACACAUCAUUUUUCCCAAAAUAAACCCCCACGUACUCUUGAAGACUCUGUAGUUGAACUCUUUCAUCAAGAAGAUGUACAUCACCAAAUGCUUUGUCUUCCUGAGAAGGUGAAGGAAAGAUUGAGCAACUCAGAUGAUUACCAGUCAUUUUUGAUGUGCAUUGCAGAGUAUUGCACAAAGAGUAUUACUCGAGCACAAUUGCAAUCAAGGGUAAAUAGUUUGCUUGGAGCAUAUCCGGAUAUUGUGGAAGAAGUCAAUGAGUUUAUAGAUCGCAGUGAAAAGACAAGAUCCUUAUGGAGUCAUGGACAUUUACCUGGAGUAAUAAAGGGUAAUCACGGGGGUAAAGAUGGAAAUUCUGAUGGAGAUGAAAUGGAAAAGAAUAGUUCGGCCAUCAACGAGAAUUGUUCGGACAACUAUUGUAGCCAAGGAAGCAUUUGA